AUGGCGGUGCGGAGCCGCGGCGCUUGGCGGCGGCUGCUGCUGCUGCUGCUCCUGGCCGGCUCCGCCGCCAGCCCGGCGGAGGAGGGCGGCGGGCGGCGGGAGGCGGGCGGCGGGGAGCACGGCGAGGAGGCGGCGCGGUCUCAUCACGACUCCUCGUACGGCACCUUCGCCAGCGAGUUCUACGACCUGCGCUACCUCUCCGAGGAAGGUUACCCUUUCCCUACUGCUCCUCCUGUGGAUCCAUUUGCAAAGAUCAGAGUAGAUGACUGUGGAAAAACCAAGGGAUGCUUCAGGUACGGUAAACCUGGAUGCAAUGCGGAGACUUGUGACUACUUUCUAAGUUACCGUAGAAUAGGAGCUGAUGUUGAAUUUGAGUUGAGUGCCGAUACUGAUGGCUGGGUGGCGGUGGGAUUUUCCUCAGACAAGAAAAUGGGAGGAGAUGAUGUCAUGGCUUGUGUUCAUGAUGAUAAUGGAAGAGUCCGAAUACAUCACUUCUAUAAUGUCGGUCAGUGGGCCAAAGAAAUCCAGAGGAAUCCUGCUAGAGAUGAAGAAGGGGUUUUUGAAAACAAUCGUGUGACAUGUCGAUUCAAGCGUCCGGUGUAUGUUCCCCGAGAGGAAACCAUUGUAGAUCUGCACUUGAGUUGGUACUAUCUGUUUGCUUGGGGUCCAGCAAUUCAAGGUUCUAUAACCCGUCAUGAUAUAGACUCACCACCUGUAUCAGAGCACGUUGUCAGUAUUUACAAGUAUGAAGAUAUUUUCAUGCCAUCAGCUGCCUACCAGACCUUCUCUUCUCCAUUCUGCUUGCUCCUCAUUGUUGCACUGACCUUUUAUUUAUUGAUGGGAACUCCAUGA